AUGACACUGGACAUCCAAGUGCUACGAGAUUCUCUGCGGAAGAAGCCCUUCCGAAGUAGAGAGCUGUCCUUGCUCCAGAUGAUCCAGCAGUUCGAGGCGAUCCAGCUUCAGAAGCUCGAGCUUCUUGAGGCAACAAAGCGUCUCAAGGAGGCCUUCAAGCUGACGAUCGGCUUUUGCCAGGUGGAGAUCACUGCUCUGGACACCGUCGCGGCCGUCAUAGAUCAGCUUGCAGGUGAGGUUGGGGAUGAUUCGGGAUCCCUCGCAAUCACAAAGGAGGCGACGCUGGUGGCGCUGGGUAUCAAUGCAAGCUCCCAGCUGGACUUCUCGCUUGCGGGCUUCUACGUGUUUCCUGAGAUCUUCCUGGGGGUUAGGGUUUCGGGUUUAUGGGCUUGUGGGAGGUUCUAUAGACAGAUCUUCUUACAUAGGGCUUUAGGGUUUAGCGUUUAUGGGGUGUUUCCUGGGCGGGUCCCGUUUUUUUUUUUAAAGGUUUGGCCAAAGUGGGUUUGUAAAAGAUUUGGCUAG